CUUGCUCUCUGGAUUAAUGUCUUAGCUAAAGGUCAUUGUGGUGUUUCCUUGGAGACGCUUCAGAAAAAUGCCUCCAGUCUCUCCUGGGUUCCUGAGCAAGGGACAGUAGGGGCAAGUGGAGACCUGGCCCCUCUAGCUCACCUGGCUCUGGGGCUGAUGGGAGAGGGCCGCAUGUGGUCACCACAGACCGGCUGGACUGACACCACAACUGUACUAGAAGGACAUGGUCUGACCCCAAUAUCACUGAAACCCAAAGAGGGACUUUCUCUGAUUAACAGGACUCCAAUGAUGUCAUCACUGGGUGCUGAGGCAGUCAAGAAAGCAGAAGUGAUCACCCGGCAGGCUGUCGUCAUUGCUGCUCUCACUUUAGAGACACUGAAAGGAACCAACAAAGCUUUGGACUUUGAAAGUGAAAAAGAUGUCCAUGCAGUGCGGCCUCACCCGGGUCAGAUUUUAGUUGCCCAGAGAUUUCGCUCCCUGCUUCAUUACCUCCACCAAGGAGAAAUCACAGGUACAUCCACUCAGAAGUACAACCCCAUUGUGUUUUUAUAUACCAUAACACAGGUCUAUAGCCUGUGGUGCUGCCCUCAGGUAUACAUGCACAUUGAUACGAUUGCUUUUGUGAAGAAUAUUCUCAACACUGAGCUAAACAGUGCCACGAAUAAUCCUCUGGUUUUCCCACAGCAAGGAAUCACUAUAUCAGCAGAUCACUUCUAUGGAGAAUAUCCUGCCAAGGCUCUGGACAUCCUGGCUAUAGGAGUACAUGAGCUGGUGAGUAUUAGUGAGCGGUGCAUUGAGAGGCUGUGUAAUCCCUCACCCAGUAAUCUUCCUACCUUCCUGGUGGAAGAAGGAGGAUUAAACUCAGGCUUCAUGGUUGUCCACUGCACUGCUGCUGCCCUGGUGUCGGAGAAUAAGAUGCUGUGCCACCCGGCCUCUGUGGACUCUCUGUCCACCAGUGCAGCUACAGAGGACCAUGUGUCUAUGGGGGGCUGUGCAGCCAGAAAGGCCCUGAAGGUGGUUGAGCACUUGGAGCAGGUCCUUGCCAUAGAGUUACCCGCUGCCUGCCAGGCUCUGGAGUUCCACUGGCCCUUAAAGACCACAGCACCUCUGGAGAAGGUCUAUGAUCUGCUGUACUCUGUAGUCAGGCCACAUGUCAAGGGUGUCAUGAGCUGUGAUAUCGAAGCAGCUCACCAACUCCUCCUAGAGGAAAAGGUAUGGAAGGCAGUGCUACCAUACAUGGACAAGUACAAGGAGAGUGACCACCAUCAUCUCUCUUCUGUUAGCUGA